AUUCCCCAGGCGUUCCUCCAAGUGCCAAUGCUCAUCAUCUUUUCAGAGGGUUCAGCUUCGUUGCCUCUAAUUUGGUGCAGGAGCCUGCACAGCAAGAUGUGCACAAAAUCACCGUCCAUCCAAUUGUGCAGCAAUUACACGGGAACAACAUUCACUUUACAGAUGGGUACGAGAUCAAGGAGGACAUAGGAAUCGGCUCCUAUUCAGUGUGCAAGAGGUGUGUUCAUAAAGCUACAGAAACAGAGUUUGCAGUGAAGAUAAUUGAUAAGAGCAAGAGAGACCCCUCUGAAGAAAUUGAGAUCCUCUUGCGAUAUGGACAGCAUCCAAACAUCAUUACACUUAAGGAUGUCUAUGAUGAUGGGAAAUAUGUGUACCUGGUGAUGGAGCUGAUGCGGGGAGGAGAGCUCCUGGACCGCAUUCUUCGGCAGAAGUGUUUCUCGGAGCGAGAGGCCAGCGCUGUGCUGUGCACCAUCACCAGGACUGUGGACUACCUGCACUCUCAGGGCGUGGUGCACCGAGAUCUCAAGCCAAGUAAUAUCCUUUACAUGGAUGAGUCAGGAAACCCAGACUCCAUCAGGAUCUGUGACUUCGGGUUUGCCAAGCAGCUGAGAGCAGAGAACGGGCUGCUCAUGACUCCCUGCUACACGGCCAACUUUGUUGCCCCUGAGGUCCUUAAACGCCAAGGUUACGAUGCAGCCUGUGACAUCUGGAGCUUGGGGAUACUCCUGUACACCAUGCUGGCAGGGUUCACUCCUUUUGCAAAUGGACCAGAUGACACCCCAGAGGAGAUUCUGGCCAGGAUUGGCAGUGGCAAGUAUGCACUUACAGGAGGAAACUGGGAUUCAGUGUCUGAUACUGCAAAGGACAUUGUGUCAAAGAUGCUUCACGUAGACCCCCAUCAGCGCCUCACAGCAGUCCAAGUCCUAAGGCAUCCCUGGAUAGUGAACAGGGAGUAUCUGUCUCAAAACCAACUCAGCAGACAGGACGUUCACCUGGUGAAGGGUGCAAUGGCAGCCACUUACUUUGCUUUAAACCGAGCACCUCAGGCACCGAGGCUGGAGCCUGUAUUGUCCUCCAGUCUGGCUCAGCGGCGGGGCAUGAAAAGACUUACCUCUACCAGGUUGUAGCAGUUCCCCCAAGAGGCCCCUUUGAAAACCCACUGUUUAUGAUUCGAGAGAUUCAUCUUUUCCUUGGCUAGCAGAAUGUUUUUGGACAACCUGCACGUGAAAUCGCCAGAACUAGCAGAAGCCCAAGCGUGAGGCAAAGUUCUCCUUUGCCUCCGUCAUUUCUUUUUACAUUCCAGCCAGGGUCCCCGGUUUAACAGCUUCACAAAGAUGCGCCAAUUUCGCAAGUAGCUCUGUUUCCUUAUUGAGGUAAAGCCAAAUAAAGUAGGCGUGCUCCAUCCUUCCCACCCUA